AUGAGUUUCUCACUCCGUCUUCUACUCCUUACAAGUCAGCUCUGCAUUGCCGCAUUUGCUGGACAACAAUAUGAUCUCCCAAAUACGUGGACUAGCUACGGCUUCACGGCGCCAAUCUCGGUGGGAAACCCGCCGCAGGAAUUGGAUAUUCUAAUGGAUUGGACGUGGAUCAGCGCAUAUGUCUGGACUGGGACUUGCUACCAUCAUCCAAAUUCCCCUCAAAAGUGCCUCAACCCCGAGCAGACGUAUUUCAACCAGUCGGCCUCACACACGUUCCGCUACAUGCCCGCGUUGUACCCUAGUCGCACAUGGGAUCCGAAUCAUUUCUUUCCGAACGAGCCAGCUUUGGUCAACUAUGCGACCGAUUAUUUCACAGUCGGAUUCGAAAGUACGAACGUCGUUCUCCAGACUUCAGACUUUACCUUCAACCUGACAGAGUUCGCCUACCCUUUUGCUGGUAUCUACGGAUUGUCUCCUGUUUUCAAAGGCGACAAUGCCUCCCUCCAAUCGCCUUUCUAUCAGUCAUAUCGCAAGGACGCCUGGGAAUCCCCUGUCGUAGCUUGGCACUUCUGUUAUACUGGCUCUCCCGACCUUGCAAAGGCUACUUGCGGGGGUCACGAUGCCAUACAAACACAUGGGGGAAUCAACAAAACGCUAGUGGACGAGAAAGAAAUUCGAUGGUAUCAAAAUGAGGUGUUUCCCGAUGUCAACAACAUUGACUUCAUCUACGACCCUGCCGUCCUCAAUUACUGGGCGAUUGAAGUCGAGAGUGUGAAAAUUGGGGAUGAGAAACAAUUUGUCACAUCGACCCCAAAUAAUCCUGGCCCUGCGGCCAUCUUUGAUCAUGCGAGUUACGGUCGCGGCAUGCCGCUAUCGCCGGCCAUUUACGAACGCCUGGUUGCUGCGACCGAGGGAAAACCUGUAACGCUUAACAAACCCCCCAACAACGGUGAGCAGGCCUUCUAUCAGGUUGACUGCGCCUGCAUUGACGAUUUUCCGACCGUGAGCUACGUCUUCAAGGGCGAUCAAAAGGAGUGGAGUAUUGUGCCCCGCAACUAUGUUGAGAAGAUCGACGAUUCAACGUGCGUAUUGAAUGUGAGGACUGUCGGCAAUCACGCCCAGUUCUUGGGUAAUUUUGGAGAGACAUUCGCCAAGGAUAAAUACAUUAUCUUCGAUUGGGAGAAGCUGGCAGUCGGUAUUGCCGAUAUCCAAUGGGGGAAUGUGGUUGUUUGA